AUUUAAUAUACGUCAUCUUCAGCGGCCAGCUAUUUUGUUUAUCUCCAGAAUUUCUAAAACUAUGAAACUUUUGUAGGAAGUCAUGGAUAAUAUGACUUUAAAAGAAAUUCAAAACAAACUGCUGCUAUGGGAGGCUCCUGAUAAUCCUCUAGCACCGCUCACAUCGAGUCAAAGGGAAGCAAUUCUUGAUUUGGAAGCCCUAGCCCUUGGGUUAGCGACUGAUGAAGUACACACUCCAGAUGUCCCUACAACUGAUACAGGAGACAUACCCAAGGUGGACACAACAUAUGAGUUCUUGGACUGGUAUGAUACACUCAAUGAGGAGAAUAUGAAGAGGCAUGAUGAGCCGUAUGAAGCAUAUUAUAAACAGCUGGAGGAGAGACGGAAUGAGUGUGUUUCAUUGAACAAUCAGAUAACAGCAACAUUGUCAGAUUUGAACAAACUCUCUGAGGAGUACAACUUGGUGUCAAACAAGACGAAUGCCCUUCACAACAUGAGCGAGCAGCUGCUAGCUGAUCAGAAUAAACUUUCAGGAAUUGGCGAGGACAUAAAACACAAGCUGCACUACUUCACACAAGUGGAGCAUCUGUCGCAGCGGCUCAACAGCUCCACCAUGUCCGUCAAUAGUGAGGCUUUCUUCAAUGUGCUGGCUAAGAUUGACGAGUGCUUGGAUUACAUGAGGGCCAAUAGUACAUUCAAAGAAGCUCACACAUACUCGGUGAAGUACCGUCACCUACAAAGCCGGGCCAUUUCCCUCAUACGCGCCUACGUCACGCACAUCCUCAACCACGCCACGGAGCAAGUGCUGGCGCCCGACGAGCCGGCGGACGGCGGGGGCGUGGACACUGCCUACGCCGUCUACUUCGGCAAGUUCCAAGCGGCCGCGCCCAAACUGAAGAUGGUGUUGAGUGAAGUGGAGAAACGGGCUGAAGUUAAUGAGGACUACGCGUCGCUGCUGUGGGACCUGCAGCGCGAGUACGCGGCGCGGCGCCAGCGCGUGGCGGGCGGCGCGGCGGCGGGCGCGCUGCGCACUGCGGCGCACACGCACGCGCGCGACCACUGCGCACUGCUGCGCGCCGCCUGCUCGCUGCUGGCGCUGGCCGUGCGCGACGAGUGCGCGCUCUACACGCACUUCUUCGCGCGCCCCUCGCCGCCGCUCGAGGAAUACCUCCGCUCGUUGUGCAACGGCCUGUACGAGACGCUGCGGCCGUACAUCAUCCACAUCAACCACCUGGAGACGCUGGCCGAGCUGUGCGUCAUACUGCGCGUCGAGGUCAUCGAGGAGCAGGUCAACAACGACCCGGCGCUGAGUGCGCUGGGCAGCGCGGCGCGCUCGCUACUGCAGGACGCGCAGGAGCGGCUCGUGUUCCGCGCGCACGUGCACCUGCGCGCAGACGUGCUCAAGUACCGGCCCGCGCCCGGCGACCUCGCCUACCCCGACAAGCUGCUCAUGAUGGAGCAAAUAGCUCUGUCCUUACAAGAGCAGAGCUUAAAACGCAGCGAUUCACGCAACUCUAUGAUAUCAGACAUAUCUACGACAUCCCAAGAAGUGGCCAACAUAAACAUUGAAGCCCAGCGACGACCGCAGGCCUCCCCUGCAGACCUCCACGGAAUGUGGUACCCUGGAGUCAGGAGAACUUUAGCAGCACUGUCCAGGCUUUACAGGUGUCUGGAAAAGCGAGUUUUCCAAGGAUUAGCUCAAGAAGCUAUAUCGCUUUGCGUACAGAGCGUAGACAAUGCAGCAAAACAGAUAUCCGCUACUAAAACUGAUGUAGACGGCGAGUUGUUCCAAAUCAAACAUCUGUUGAUUUUGCGGGAACAAAUUGCACCUUUUCAGGUAGAUUUUAUAGUCAAGGAGACUACUCUGGACUUUAGCAAUGUACGGUCAGCAGCUUAUGGGUUGAUGCAAAAGCCGAGGCAGAUUUUCUACUUGAACAGUAAUAAUGCUCUUUUGGAAUUCUUGUUGGAAGGCACUCCAAUAGUGAGGGAACAUUUGUUGGAUUCGAGGAAGGAAGUGGAUCGUCAGUUGAAGAGCUGCUGUGAAACUUUCAUUAAAAUCGCCACAGAGAUCAUGGCCGGACCGAUAAUGGAGUUUAUUGAAAAGGCCCAAGCAUUCACCCCACCGGAGCAGUUGAAGUCCCAGCCGUGGGCGACGCCGGAGCAGUUGGGCGCGGUAGUGAAGGAGACGCAGCGGCGCAUCAAGUCGCACCUCGCCCCCCUGCAGCGCUCCAUGCAGCUGUAUCUCGCUAACAAGGAAACCGAGUUCAUACUAUUUAGACCUAUAAGGAACAAUGUUGUUGGCUUUUUUGUUCAGUUGGAACAGAUUCUAACAAACUCUGGCUACUCCUACGAAGAUACUCUAAUAGUCGCGUGUCCCACUCCUGAACAAGUAUCGGUGUUUAUUUCAUCUGCGAGCCUUAUCAGUCACGCGGAGCCAGUGUUGCCAUACGGGAAAAAGAAGCAGACCAGUAUUGUAGGAAAGCCCAGUGUUACCAGUGUGGCAGAAAAAUCUGAAGAAAAACCUACCGAAAAGCCAACUCCUGAUGUACCAUAAGCAGGAGCAUAGAUAAUUAGAUAAUAAUCAAUUAAUUUAUGAUUUAGUAAAUAGUAAAGAUGUCUGAGCUAUUUAUUAGCUUCCAUAAAAUAGCAAUUUGAUAACAACAUUACAAUACAGAGCUAGAAGGUAACAUGACUUGAAUAGACAAACAUGGAGCUUAUAAAUGAGUUUUUCAGCAGUUGCUGUUUUGAAAGUCAGUCUUUUUUUUUGGUGGUGCUAUAAUGCUUUGUGGUUGGGGGUGUCUUUUGUAAGAGAAAAGACAUGACACUUCAUUUUUACAUAGAAAAACUACUGGCCUGGCCUACAAAAAGUUAGCUUUUUGUUAAUUUUCAUCUUUGUACUAUGUAAUUUAGAUAAGCUAAAACAUGUCAAUACUGAAAAAAACAUCUAUGAUGAUUGAGCUGUAAGUAACAUCACAUAUUUAUUAUAAAAUCUUUUCAUUUUAAUAGUCAUCCUUAGCAAAUUUUUGCCAUCCUGUCAAAAACGCAGCCCUGCAAAGGGAUUUAUGGCGCGUACAGUAUACAGUAACUGGAGAAAUUGGCAUUCACAUUUGAAGUCUGAAAGGAUAUUUUUGCUGGCUGUUCUAUUUUAACUAAUAAUAAAAAAAAUUUCAUCCUUGUGAUGACAAUAAAGUGUUUUAAGAAGAAAUUAUGAGUGCACCAAAAACAAAAAAACAAUUCUUUAUUUAAAUAUAAUUACAUUCACAAUAUUUGUAUUAAGAGAUCAUAUUUGGACUUUGCAAAUAUGAUUUAGGUGGCCUUCACAGAAAUACUCACAUUCUAUUUAUUUUAUAUAAUGUCCUAGUAAACCAUACUGCUCCAGCAAAUCAAAAGCAUAUCAAGUGGAGCUAUUUCAUUUCUUACAGUGGAAUUCAUGGACAUUUAGGGGCACCCCCGGGGGAUCGUUCAGCCGAAUUUAACCUCUAUUUGUUUGAGAAAUUGACACUCAGCAGGUGAAUGAUCCCCUGAGGGUGCCCCAACAACAUCUAUGAAUUCCACUGUUAGUGAUACUGAUACACAUUCCACGAGUUUGGCUUUAGUAUGCUGGUGCCUGAUAGCAAGAGUUUGAUCCUACAAAUAGCCCUUUUUUAUUCUUUAGAAGUUAGCUCUUGACUACAAUCUCACCUGAUGGUAAAUGAUGAUGCAAUCUAAGAUGGAAGCGGGCUGACUUGUUAGGAGGAUGAAAAUCCACACCCCUUUUAGUUUCUACACAACAUCAUAGUGAAUCGCUAAAUUUCUUGGCGGUACAACUUUGUCAGUAGGAUGGUAACUAGCCACAGCUAUAGCCUCCCACCAGCCAAAAGUCUUACAAAGUUACAAACAGCAGCAAACUGUAUGUGGUGUGGUCGCUGCCUU